UUGAAUAUUCAUGUAUCUUGUCUUAGUAUUUGAAUAAUGGUCUUGGAGGUGGUGUUGAUAAAAGAUGGCCCUAGGAAGCGGACCUUAGGCUGACAGAGAGGAAAUGGUGGGCCGCGGACGAAGCUACGGCGGGGUCUCGUGGUUGUGCCUCCGGUAGUAAAAUGGAAGUGGUGCCAGCGAGGCACACGACACCAUUGAGCGAUACCGUGCGGUGAUGUCGAAAGUAUUACUUCCAAUCUGUCCAGAUUACCCUGAAGAUGCCUUCGGCGCCGCUAUAGAAGCAUCUCGCUCCUGUAGAUCGUCGAGAAACAUACGAGUUUGCUUUCUCCACACUAUCCAGGUUGUCCGACUUCUCUUAUCGUUUGCCACCACCGUACCUGCACUCACCGAAGCAACCGACGAAGCAGAUAGUUGCGGAAAUCCGUCGCUUCCCGGAUGUCCAGGUACCGUCAUUGAAAUCGAUAUCGUACUAACGUGAUAGGCCAUGAAUGUUGCUAC